AUGAAUUUACAUUUAAAAAAUCUUAAAUUACUUUCACCAUCAUCAAAUGAAUGUUUAACAACAUUAAGUCCAACGAAAACUCCUAUGCAUAUUAAUACUGAUACACAAAAAGCACUUGAACAUUUACGUGGAUUAGCUAGUAAUCCAUCUGAACUUGAACGUUUACAAACAUUAACAAAUAAUCCUAAUUUAAUACAAGAAAUAAAAAAAGUUGCUAAUCAGUCAUUUAAUGAACAAUUAAGAACAUUACCACCAUUUACACCAGCAAAUUUACAACAAACAAUUCAUGAUUCAAUAACAGUAGAAAAUAAAUUGAAUAAUAAUGAUAAUCAUCAAAAAAGUAAGCUAUGAGAAAAUUAAAAUAAGAAAAUCUAACAAUCAGCAAAAAUUAGUUUUCUUUUGUUUUUAUAAAUACAUAAUGAUAGAUUAAAUCAAAUAGGAAUGUUCGAGAAAAAAAUUUUUUUUUCUUACUGUUAUUAGUCAUAUGAUUUAUCCAGUAGAAAGUUGUUCAUACUCAUUCGAGACAAUUGUUAAAAUUAAUUAAACAAGAGUUUGAUAUUACACAUACAUAUUCAUACUCUAAAAUAUCCAUUAAUAAUUGUUAUUUCUGCAUUUCUGAGGAAAAAUGGACAAUAAAAUUUAAGGGCUCCCCAUCCCUCUAAAUUUGUUUUUUUCCCAGAACACUCAAUCUUACUGAAAUUUUUAUUGAAUAUGUAUCUGACCAUUGAUAGUUCUCAGUAAAAAUUUGAGCUCAUAAUAUUGAGUUUUUCGAGAGUUAUUGUAAGA